UUUAUGUGUUUUUUUUUUUUUUUUAGUUGAAGGAGUUGUGUUUUUAGUGUCUGUUUGGUUGUUGAGAAAACAUCGGGAAAAGGAAACUGGAAAAGAAAAAAUCUUUCUUUUUUGUCUGGUCCGUUUUAUUAUGCUUAUUUAAAUGGAUAAGCUUCUCCCAUUUUUUUUUUCUCUUCUUCUUGCAUAGAUUAGAAAAAAAAGAAAAACUUUAGCUGAACCAAACAGCUAGAUCAGGCCCACUUCACUGUACAUAUAUACUUUUUAUUUCUCUCAGAAAUGUAAGUAAAAAAUUGCAAAAUCGAUUCUUUUUAUAAAAUUUUCCUUUCAGUUGAUCAUAAAAAACUUUUUUUUUUUAAUUUUAAAUCCUAGUUGAAAUUCCACAGUCUUGAUUUUUAUCCUUUUCAUGUUUUGUAUUAAGAUUUUACUCUUUUUUUUAUUGAAAAAUUCUUGAAUGACUGCGAGCUUGAAAAACAUCGAACAAAUGUUUCUUAAAAUCUAAAAUGGGGUUUUGUUUCUUGGUGUUUGAAAGUAGACUUAUGAUCCAUUACUACGUAUUUUUUGUCACUAUCAUUUCGUUUAACAUUAAAAGGGAAAAUUUGGAUAGAUGAUUGCAGGUUUAUGUAGUACAAGUUAAGGUUAUAAAAUGAAAACAGAUCGGAAACAACAUUUGAUAAAGAAGCUUUGCAACAUGAAACGUCAAAGGGUAGAUCAAUCCAUUGUUCCUGGCUUGGAAGAUGAAGCAACUGAGGUUGCGCAUUUACUUGCGGAACCUAAAAGUGAGCAUGUUUCACGAGAUGGAGUCCUAUGUUUUGGGAAGGAUAAUUUAGAGAAGCACUUGAAAAUGGAGGACUUCUCUUGUGCCUUCGAUUAUGGCUGGAAAAUCAAUUAUGGUGGGCUGGAUUCUAUCCAUGGUCAAGGAGGAGAUGAUUUGAAGCUUGAAGUUCUUGAUGGAUUGCUGGAUGAAGUUGAUGAAGUGGAUGAUAUUCAUGCAGCCCAUGAUAUCUCUGGUGCAUGUGAAGAUUUUCUUUUGGAUAUUGAAUUUCCUGAAAAGCAUUCUGUAUUGGAUUGUGGUCCUCGUGAAGGAUCAACUUUGCGUAACUCAAGUUCAGAAAGUCAUUCACCAGGAUUUAGUGGAAGUAGUAAUAGUGCUGGUGGCAUAUCAGAAUCAUCAAUUCCAACUGUUCAAGAAUCCAACAGCAAGAAUGGUGUGCUUGGGAAUAUGGUCAGUUGUGAUUUACAUCGUAACUUUAGGAGCAAAUAUGGGUGUCAGGGUCCGGUUUUGGACACCAUUCGACCUACUAUAGAAGAUGUGCAAGAUCUUGAUGUGUCUGAUGAUGAUGAAGAACCUUUAGUAAGUUUUAUAUUGUCUAAUAGGAAAGUAAAAGGCUCUGUUAAAGUAACAAAAGGUGGCACUCUUCUCAGACAGAAGAGACUGCGGAAGCCUACCAGGAGGUAUAUUGAGGAAUUUUCUAGAAAUUCUACUACUGGAAAGAAUAAGUGCCUUAAAGUCAGAUCACAAGAAGAAUUUCCUCAAGUGCCAUCCAAAUCCCAACCUCGGAGAGGACGGCCCAAGAAAAUUGUGCCGAAAUUGGAGCUUGAAUCUGAUUGUGAGUUUUCUGCUUCUGAAUCUGAAGAUCAGCAUAAGAGAACCAAAAGAUCCAAAACGGCAUGUGAUAGGAGGAAGCAUCAAACGAUGUGGACCCUUGCAGAGGUGAUUAAGCUGGUUGAUGGAAUUGCUCAGUAUGGUGUUGGAAGAUGGACUGAUAUAAAAAGGCUUCUAUUUGCAUCAUCUGCUUAUCGAACCCCUGUUGAUCUGAGGGAUAAAUGGCGAAAUCUUCUAAGAUCUAGUUCUGCACAUGGACACAACAGGAGAGAGUUGCAGGUUCAGAAUAAUGUGAAGCAUGCUGUACGUCCCCUACCAAAGCCUGUGGUACGCCGUAUCCGUGAACUGGCUACCAUUCAUCCAUACCCAAGGGUUCGAAGCUCAAAAAUUUCAUCUGUUGAUUAUGUUCCUUCAUCCAAACAACCGACAACUAAAGUUGCUCCAGUUUACUCUCCUGCAAGAAAUUUACGUGGGAAGAACUGUUGUUGAAGAAGCAUUUGUGUAAUUUGCAAUAAAGCUACUGCAAUUCGAGUUUAGUUGUAAAACAGCAGUGUUCUUUCCUACAACAGCCCCUUAACAUCUGCACAUAUAAAUGCUCUCAGAUCAUUAAGAGUAUCCGGUAAAUGUUGCACUAGUGAAAACAAAUUUUACAAUUUUAAUAGCCAGGAAUAUGGCUAACUGAAGUCUAAAGAGUAGAUUUUCCUUCCAUGUUGUUGCAUGUUACUAUCA